AUGGGAACAACAAACGCCUUGGAAACCCUCCCUCAAGACUGCUGGGUGCAGAUUCUGGAUCAAAUCUCACCAUCCGACACAGCAUCCUUAGUGGCCACAUCUCGAGGCUUGAAAGUCUCUUCGGAGAGCUCAUUAUAUCGCCAAGUCAAUCUUGACUGGACCAGACCUCCACUUAAACGGGUUGUGACGCUAUUCCGUGUCAUUCACGAACGUCCAGAUCUGGCCGCGCACAUUUACCAUGUCAGCAUGAUCUCCUCGAAACUGGUGUACCCAGCAGCGGACCAGGAAGACGAGUGGGAGUUGCCUCAAAUUGAUGGGGACUGGAGUCAGCUCUCAUCUCUGUUUCAGGAGGAGGUGAAAGCUGCAAAAGACAUUAUCACCGAGGCAGAGUUUUCCUCGCCAGAGAUGUGGAUCCAUGCCCUGGAAAAAGGCGACCCGUACGCAUUUGUGGCCGUUCUUCUUUCCCAGCUUCAUAAUUUACGGUCGCUACAACUUGACUACACUUUUGUGUGGCAAAAUGGCUUCCCGGGGUUAAUGAUAAGACAUGCUCUGCUCUCUGCGCCUAAGAACACAUUGUCUCGAUUUUCCAAACUCGCCAUUGUCGAAUACGGUCUGAAUGUUCCAGGUCCUAGACUGUUCAACGAAACAAGAUGGAAUUUCAUCGAUCCAUUCCCCUUUUGUAACCCGGAUCAAUUUGCAGGCUGGUUCUAUCUGCCAUCUUUGGAAUCCUUGGAGAUCUGGCUUCAAAAUUCGGAAGGUAUCGGUAAUGAGUUAUCUCAGCCUACUGGAUCUAGCAAGCUGGCACAUCUGGCCCAGCUUAAAAGGCUUGUCUUGACAGAAUCUUCUAUUCAAGAAGAUGAGGUCAGAAAUCUUUUGUCGCACCUGUCUUCGCUGAAGAGCCUUCACCUAGGCCUCGUCUACCCAUCGCAGGAUAAAGAACUCGGUUAUAACUGUUGUUCUUCUCGACCUCCUCUAAAGGGGAAAGGUGUGCUUCUUGAAGGGCUGAUGAGUGUAAAGGACACAGUUGAAAAUCUUUCCAUUGGCAUGGAGCUCUGUCCACUUUAUUGGCCCAGUGUUUGGGGAGCAGUAGAACGCGGCAAUGGAACCCCGGAAGAAAGCUUUCAACCAUUCAAAGGAAUCUUGAAGCAGUUCCCACUUCUUCAAACCGCAGAACUACCUUCAGUUAUGCUUUUCGGAUGGAAAUGUGACGACACAGCAGCUUUGUCUGAGCUCAUACCACCAACACUUCAGAAACUCACUAUUCGAGACAACUUAUAUCUGGCAGAUAAUUUUGAAUGGGAGACAGACAAAGUUGCAGAAGCAAUUCAAAAGUUUCUCCCCUUUGCACAGUCCGCCACUCCUCUGUUGAACACAAUCAUAAUUCGAAGCUUUGAUACCGGAGCAGAAAAUAUUGACCCGGACAAUUCCAUGGGGGCUAGAUCAGCGUGCGAGGCGUUAGGGUUAAACAUAGAGAUUAGUAUGAUCCAGGAUAACCUCUCGCCGGGACUUUGGACGACGCACAGGGAACUUCAAGAAGGAUCUCGGAGAGACUGUCGGAAUCGUGGCUAA